AUGUCCAAGAACAUCAAAACCAUUCCAACGUCAGAAUACGACCAUGUCAUAAAGACAGUCCAACACUACGUCGACAGCAUCGCAAAAGCAGACCGAGCCCUCCUCGACCUGGCAUUCCACAAGGAGGCGUCAAUGACCGGCUGGGCCCCGGCUGACGGCACCCUCUCGCUGGGCUCGUACACCAAUCUUCACGCAUUCUUCGACACCUACGGAACGAGCGCGUCCCUCAGGACCCGGUGCGACGUCAUUGGCAUCACGCCCACGACCGCCGUCGUCAAGGUUGAUAUGGAGAAUACCCCCGACGGACCGGCGUAUACGGAUUUUCACACGUUGAUCAAGAUUGAUGGGGGUUGGAAGAUAAUUGCGAAGGUUUUUCAUGCUUACGAGUCUUGAUUCACUGAAUCACUGUAUUCCUAGCUGCUAUCGUAGCCGUCUAGUUGUUCCAAGGAAAGUUAUUGGUGCAAUUUCCCCAGUAGCGCUCCUCCCUGACGCCGAAGCAAAUCAACUUGUCAUGGUCGUUGCCGAUGAAGUCGUUCUACACAUAUCUUUAGCACGAAAGUCUUCACAAGUUUACUUCCACUGGAUGAAGCCCCUCAUCACUCACCAAUUCAAUUUCAGCCUCCACACGCUCAUGUUCCGCUCCAUGGAUAGGCAUAGGCCAGCACUUGCAGCUAUACACGGUGGGUCUUUCCGGAUCCUUGAGCCCACAAUCCUCACAAGUGCGCCAGAACCCCCCAUUCUUGCGCGGUAUCAGCUUCCCGCGGGCGAGAUCCCCUGCCUCACCAUUCGCAUCACGGCGACAUGUCGCAAGGACCAGUGGAUCACCAUCGCCGCUUCUCAUACCGAUACGCACGCGGGGUUUCCUGCGCCGCGGUAUAUUCACGUGAAUCAUAUGGAUAACCCCGUAUUUGAGGAGCUCCGAGCCGCGGUGAAGAUUAAUAAAGUGUUUGUUGAGUUUCGGGGACCGUGGUUUCCUGUUGAUGCGCCGUGGUAUUCACCGAAUCAUGUCCCUAGACAUACGAGCGGAUUUCUAUUCAUGGUGAUUGGGUAUCAAAGCCGAGGAGUCGAACCCGUCGUCGACGACAAAAAUUUCUGGCAGCAGUGGCACGCGCCGUUCCUCUGCCACUGGGCAAAAGCCAACGACGUGGCGCGCUUCCUUGGCUCCCUCACCACCAUAGGAACCCUCGACACCCAGUUCAAAGACUGGGACAAGAUCUACGCACUGGCAAGGCAGCGCAUCCUGACCAUGUACUGGGACGCCUUUCCGUUCGGGGGGCAAUGGAACCGCGUCGGCGUCCCGGAAUUGCUCCUCGCGCCAUUCAACCGCCGAGAGAUCAUACCAAGCCUCGUCGACGAGGAUCAAGUCCUGACGCGAUUCGGGAACUUGAACCUCGGCAAGCCGCAAGAGGACGGGCUUCUGCGCUGCUACUGGCGUAUAGAGGGGCCGCCUCGCCAUCCUUUGUUACGUCCGGACCGAUUUUCGCCUCUCUUCUUUUACCAUAAUACGCCCUCGUCACUUACCGAAGAGGAGCCAUUGAUAGUGGACGUAAGGAUUUAGAAGGCCGGUUCUUGCCGAUGCUGGAGAAGAUGGGGGAGGAACACUACGAUACGUGGGCGUUGCGGCAGCACCGAGAGGCGACGCGCAAUACCUUGUCCAGCAAUUUCUUUCAGAGGACUAUGCGCCGGGCGCAUCGCGAUGACUCACCCGCCAGUUCAUCGUGAUG